AUGCUAUCGUAUCAUAGCAACAAGUUCAAACAAUAUAAAGUGGGAAAGAUGGCGACACAGAGAGAAGAAGACGCCGCCGAAUAUCUUAAGAAACACAGAAUUAUCGAGCUCAUGGACAACCUGACCAGCAUGCUCUUCUUUUACAGACCUGACAAUCCCAGAGAGUUUCUCGUUGAGCAGCUGAAACAGCUGAAGAGUGAUGUGAAAGGGCCAAAUCUGUUCAACAACGACAACCUGGAUGCAGUCUUCCGCAUACUGGACCCAACCAAUCAAAAAUACAUCACUUUUGCCCAGUACAAGCAUGCUUUGACCACACUGGGCAUAAAAGACAUUAAUGAAUGUCCUGAAGGUGUGAAUGAAGACAGAAUAUCCCAUGAGAUCUUCAAAACAGAAGCGAUUCAAGGCCUGCAGAGAUGCUCAGCAACAUAUAAACAACCGUGAGGUUUUCUUCCUCAUCUGAUACAUUAAUUCUUCCGUGAUAUGCUGACAUGCAUUUGGAUGUUAUCAGCGGAAGGGGGCGUAAUAUGGAGCUGUGUCUGUAAAAUGUGCAAAUUUUAUAAAAUGUCAUU